AUGGUUAUUUUUCUCAUGCCUUCCCUGCCAUUCCCUCCUCUUCUUAUCCAAUCUCUCCCUUUCCCUGCUACCUGCUCUUCCCUCCCCCUCCCUGCCUUUUCCUCCCCUUCCCUCCCCGUGUUUCCACUUCCCCACCGUUCCCUCACCCGCCCUCCCGUCUCGUGCCUGUAUAGCCAGCGCCACUCCGUUGCUGCGAGUGCGAGGGAGGGCGGGCGCGGGGAGGCGUGUGCAUGGCGGCGCACGAUUAGAAUUCGGGCUUCUCUCACGAGAACAGCAUGUUGGCCUGAUUGUCAUUGGCCAGACCGCCAUUUCAGCCUCCAGUUGGGAAAGAGCCAUCAUGGCAACGCCAGUCGGCGGCGGACGCGGAGAGGGCGCAGCUGGUGCAGCAGGCAGCUGAACUUGGCGGGCGUGCGCGCGCGCGUGGCGGAGCUGCAGGGCAGCAUCGCGCGCGUCAUGGGCGCCUUCCACGACCAGCACGUGCACCUCAAAUGGUACGAGCAGCACGUGCACCUCAAAUGGUACGAGCAGCACGUGCACCUCAAAUGGUACGAGCAGCACGUGCACCUCAAAUGGUACGAGCAGCACGUGCACCUCAAAUGGUACGAGCAGCACGUGCACCUCAAAUGGUACGAGCAGCACGUGCACCUCAAAUGGUACGAGCAGCACGUGCACCUCAAAUGGUACGAGCAGCACGUGCACCUCAAAUGGUACGAGCAGCACGUGCACCUCAAAUGGUACGAGCAGCACGUGCACCUCAAAUGGUACGAGCAGCACGUGCACCUCAAAUGGUACGAGCAGCACGUGCACCUCAAAUGGUACGAGCAGCACGUGCACCUCAAAUGGUACGAGCAGCACGUGCACCUCAAAUGGUACGAGCAGCACGUGCACCUCAAAUGGUACGAGCAGCACGUGCACCUCAAAUGGUACGAGCAGCACGUGCACCUCAAAUGGUACGAGCAGCACGUGCACCUCAAAUGCACGUGCCUCAAAUGGUACGAGCAGCACGUGCACCUCAAAUGGUACGAGCAGCACGUGCACCUCAAAUGGUACGAGCAGCACGUGCACCUCAAAUGGUACGAGCAGCACGUGCACCUCAAAUGGUACGAGCAGCACGUGCACCUCAAAUGGUACGAGCAGCACGUGCACCUCAAAUGGUACGAACAGCACGUGCACCUCAAAUGGUACGAGCAGCACGUGCACCUCAAAUGGUACGAGCAGCACGUGCACCUCAAAUGGUACGAGCAGCACGUGCACCUCAAAUGGUACGAGCAGCACGUGCACCUCAAAUGGUACGAGCAGCACGUGCACCUCAAAUGGUACGAGCAGCACGUGCACCUCAAAUGGUACGAGCAGCACGUGCACCUCAAAUGGUACGAGCAGCACGUGCACCUCAAAUGGUACGAGCAGCACGUGCACCUCAAAUGGUACGAGCAGCACGUGCACCUCAAAUGGUACGAGCAGCACGUGCACCUCAAAUGGUACGAGCAGCACGUGCACCUCAAAUGGUACGAGCAGCACGUGCACCUCAAAUGGUACGAGCAGCACGUGCACCUCAAAUGGUACGAGCAGCACGUGCACCUCAAAUGGUACGAGCAGCACGUGCACCUCAAAUGGUACGAGCAGCACGUGCACCUCAAAUGGUACGAGCAGCACGUGCACCUCAAAUGGUACGAGCAGCACGUGCACCUCAAAUGGUACGAGCAGCACGUGCACCUCAAAUGGUACGAGCAGCACGUGCACCUCAAAUGGUACGAGCAGCACGUGCACCUCAAAUGGUACGAGCAGCACGUGCACCUCAAAUGGUACGAGCAGCACGUGCACCUCAAAUGGUACGAGCAGCACGUGCACCUCAAAUGGUACGAGCAGCACGUGCACCUCAAAUGGUACGAGCAGCACGUGCACCUCAAAUGGUACGAGCAGCACGUGCACCUCAAAUGGUACGAGCAGCACGUGCACCUCAAAUGGUACGAGCAGCACGUGCACCUCAAAUGGUCGGAGGCGGUGGCGGCGCUGAGCGUGGUGAGUGCGGGGCUGUACAGCCUCGUGGAUGACGUCAUGCCCAUGCUGCGCUCCUUCGCUGUCUGCCCCGCCACCGUCACCGCUCACAACGCUGCCGUGCUGCCGAUAAUGCUGUCGUCCAAGCUGCUGCCGGAGAUGGAGGUGGACGCGCGGGCCAGGGAGGCGGCUCUCAGGGCCCCGCUCGCAGCGCUGCCGCUGCCGCAGCAGCUCGACAUGCUGCAGCUGCAGGCGAAGAUGGUGGACGUGGCGUGUGAGCGCGCGGAGAAGGUCAUUCUGGACGCGCGCAAGGCGCACGGCAUGGGCGCGCGCCAGGCGGCGGCCAGCGUGGCCGCGCUGUACGGCGCCGGCAGCACCGACAAGGCUGCCCUCGCCCGCACAGCCGAGCAGGAGAAGCUUCUCAGAAAUGCACUGGCCACUGGCGAGGAUGCUCGCAUCCUCACAUGCACCUCUCACCAUACACCCCUCAAUUCCACCUUUGUCGCCUCCCCCCUCUUCUGCCUUCACACCCACCUGUCAUCACAGCCUUUUCUUCAUCUCCUCCCUCCCCACGCCGCUCCCUUCUCCCCCCAACCCCCCCCUCCCAUGGGUUCAGGGUUCCGAGUGGUCCCCCAGACUGCGGGUGCUGGGCCUGCUCCUCCUGCCUACGGCGCCCACCCAGGCCAGGCAGCGCCAGCAGCAGCGUCCCUGCCGCCACACAUGCGCCCACGCAAGAGGAAGCACCCGCAUGACGCCACCACCCCUGCUGCUCCUGCACCUGCUUCUGCAGCCACCGCCACCGCCACUGCCGCUCACACUGACGUGCCCGCCUCAUCACCCGCCCCGCCCGCCUGUACGCCAACUCUCUCUCCCUUAGCCCCCAUUCCCCCUCUCUCUCACCCCCAUCCCCCCUCUCUCCCACUCCCAUCUCCCCUCUCUCUCACCCCCAUCCCCCCUUUCUCCCACCCCCAUCCCCCCACUCUCUCACCCCCAUCCCCCCUCUCUCCCACCCCCAUCCCCUUUCUCUCCCUGCCCCCAUCCCCUGUCUCUCCUUCUCCCCUGCCUCCGUCCCCACCCUCUUUCGCCCUCCCCUCUCUCCCUUGCUCCCAUCCUACUCAUCCCUUCUCUCCACCACCCCCAUCCUCUCUCUCCCCCCACCCUAACCCCCCUCUCUCCCCCACUUCCAUUUGCUAUCUCCUCCACCCCCUCGCUCCCCCACCUCCAAUUCCUCUCUCCCCUGCCACCACUUUCUUUGUCUCUUUUUGCACUUGCAAGCCGUUUUUCUGCAUUCGCACAGCUCAUCCCAAUCAAAGGAGCCCACACUCCCUGCUAUCUCAUCCCAAUCAAAGGAGCCCACACUCCCUGCUAUCUCAUUCCAUCUGCACUCCUUCUCGUUUGCUUGCAAUCCCCCUCUCCUUCGGUGUCCUAAUCUGCAUUCCAUCCACUCGGCCCCUCUUUCCUAUGCUGCCCCCGCCCCACGCAGCGGCACCCACCCCUCUCGCAACCACCACAUCUGCUGCUCCCUCCCUUCCCCCCUCGCACCCCAUCUCCUCUGCCGCUCACCCCUCCCCGCCCACCGCCCCUCUGGUCCCGUCGGCCGUAUCGCCCUCCCCGCUCGCACCCGCUGCGCCUGCCAGUGCAGCGGGAGGGGCAGCACCGCGCCCGCCCGGUGCAGCAGCGGGGUCGGCAGCGCUGCCUGGGCGCCCCUCCACCGCUCCGCUCACCGCCCCCUUGCCCUCCCUCUCCACCGCCACUCCCGCCGGCAUCGCACGCCCGUCUGCUGCACCCAAUCCCAUGCUGGCAGCUGGCGGCGCGGGCAGCACAGGAGGGGGGUCGGGGGCGCCGACGAUGCUGCUGGGCAUGCCGAGUGGCAUGCGCACGUUUGAGGGGCUGGGAGGGGCGCUGCUCGGCGUGCCAGGUGGCUGGCCCGCCGCCAUGCCCGGCUCGGCAGGCGCAGCCUCUGCUGGAGGAGCGGUGCCGCUCGGGCGAAUGCCGCCCUCAGCCUCGGGUCUGGCUCGGCCGAACGUACCCAUGGGGGGCUCUGGCCAAGCUGCAGGUGCAGGGUUGGCAGGUGCAGGCAGUACAGGAGGAGGUGGUGCGGUGGGUGUGCCUGGCGCAGCAGCGGCGUCUGGUGGGGCUGCAGCAGGGGGCAUGGGCGACUUUGGUGCUGCUGGCGCCCCUUCCCACGCAGGGCCAGCAGCCAUGGGCGUGGCAGAUGGGGCGGGGGGAGGUGGAGGAGGAGCGCUGUCAGCACUGGGCGCCACGAUGGGUGUAGCAGGGACCAUAGCAGCGCCACAGAUGAGAGGAAGCUACGCCGCACCGUCCCCGGGCAACCUUGGGCAGGUGGCAUCUGCCCAGAUGCACCUGGCCACAAGCCCCCCCCAGUACGGCCUGCAGUCCGGCACGGCCGGGUUCUCUGCCCCGUCACCCCCCGUGUUCCAGGCUGCGUCGCCCGGCCUGUCGUACAACGCCCCCUCGCCACAGCUCAUGCACGCCUCCCACCCGCACUCGCCCAUGCUCCCCCUGCAGCACCAGCAGCAGCUGCAGCAGCAACAGGCAGCCUCGCCCAUGCUUCCCGUUGGUGGGGGUGGGACGGGGCACGGGGGGGCGCAGCUUCUGCAGCAGCCAAUGGCAUCGCUGACUUGGAUUCACGGCCCUGCUGAAGGAUCGGUGUGCCCCGCCUAA